AUAAGUAGAGUUGUCUAUGGUUAUUCCUAGAGAAUCAUUUUAUCACCGGCAGUGUAAUUUUCAUUUUCACAAAUAUUUAAAGCAAUAAUACAUUUGCGCGAAUGCUAAUCCAACUUCCUUAAACAUGGAAAACGAUAUUUUGGACUCCUUAAACGAUUUGGGCUAUGAAGGCCCACUCUCCGAUGAGGCAGCGUUCUCCAAAGCACUGGAAGGUGGCCCCAAGUCCUUGGAGUUCACUAAGCUGGUCCACAUCUUGGCCGAAGAGAUCAAAACGCUAUGCAACCUCGAGGAGACAGUUAACAUGAUGAAUGAUGUUGACGAGUCAAGCUCAUUCUUGUUGGAGCUCAGUUCUUUUCUGAAGGAACUCAAGUGUCCUUAUAAGAAGUUAGUCACAGGUCAUAUGUCUUCCCGACUUCAAACAAAAGAGGAUCGGCUGUUGCUUCUGGAUUAUUUACUGUCGGAGCUGAUGGCCGCUCGCAUGGUCAAUGUAGACUGUCCUAAGGAGAAGCAGGGUGCUGGCAUGGAGAUUGUUAUGCAAGAAUCGCCCACAGCCAAAGACUUGAAGGACAUAUUAAUAGCCCUGAAGUUCAACAAGCCGCCUCCCAAUAUCACGCCAGAGAUGCUGUUCUCCAAACUGGAAACUAAGCUUAAGGAUACCAUACAGAAAGAAGGUGAUCAACUAGUAGGCAAGCCGCUAUACAAUAAGGCGCUAACAGAGAAGGAUUGGAAACAGUUAGAGAGUGCGUUCACAGAGAUGUAUGAAGAGUACCGGUUGAGGAGAGAAACGCUCAUCACUCGGUUAGAGUGUACUAUACAGAGUUUUGAGUGGUCAGACCGUCUAAAAUCAAAGAAGGAUGUAAUCCAGUCCACCUACCGUCCCAAACGUGAACUCCUCAAAGUGAAGCCGGACGUCAAGCUGUCAGACUUCCUCGCAGCCAGGACUGCACUGCUACAUGUUGAGAAGACUUCCAGUGCUACUGUCAGGAAGAACACUCAGACUGAUGUCAAUAAAGUUAUUAUUGGACAGGUACCGGAUAGAGGAGGUCGUCCCAACGAGCAGCAAGCACCACCUCCUGAAAUGCCCUCCUGGCAACAGAGAAAUGCUGGCGGCGGUGGUGGCGGUCGCGGCGGGCGAGGAGGCGGCGGCGGCGGUUACAAUAACGCACAGCCUUCAUACAACAACGCACAGGGAGGUCAAGGUCAAGGUCACGGUGGAGGUCAAGGUCACGGUCAUCCCGGAGGUCAGGGCGGCGGCAGAGGGGGACGAGGAGGAAGGGGUAGAGUUCAGGGAGGAUAUAGUCAGGGAGCGGGUGAUCAUGGCAGGCCUCAAAACAGAAACUAUCAAACGUACGAGGUGCCUCCCGGCGGGUACAACAAUCAAGGUCAUUCUUACCAAGGUCAAGGUCAGGGUCAGGGUCACCAGAGUCACGACUAUAAUCAGCAUGGUGGUUAUAACCAGUAUGCGCAGGGAGGGUACGAUAGUAUGGGCAGCUUUAAUCAGGGAUAUCAAGGAGGUGGCGGCGGCGGCGGCGGAGGCUACAAGAAACCCUACCAAAACAACCAAGGUUACCAAGGCAACCAGGGUUACCAGUCCAACCAGGGUUACCAGCCUAACCAGGGUUACUCCCGAGGUGGUUACCAGAACGAACACGACGACCGGGACCGACGCGGCCGCGGACAAUACAGGGGGCGACGUUGACAAUAUCAAACACCCUCUAUACUGUCAAACGUAAACAUAAAAUUAGUUAACAUAUAUUGCUGCAAUUUAGUCCAAAUAUUGUGACGUUUUUUGUAUUGGUACAAUUUCGAAGUUAAAAGGAGAUGGCCUUUUGUUGUUGUUUUUUUCUUAAUGAAAAUGAAUCGUAAAUUCGCUAUAGAUGGUGACUGAAAAAUUAUGUUCCUAAAGUAUGAAAAACUUCGCAAUAAAAUGUAGUGUAAGAUCAAUACAAAAAACGUAACUUACACAUGUAAUAUAUUAAUAUGAUAUUAUUUUCUAUGAAAUUACGUUAAAUAUAUCGAAAGGCGAGCGACCUAUAGAAUGAUUUAGCAAAUAUAUACAUACAUAUUAUAAUAUAUAUAAAGAAAUCAAAUAAAUAGAAAUAGUAACAACAGGUUGUAUAUCAUAGUGCGUUACAUAAUUAUAAUCGUAAUAUUAUAAUAUUGUAGAACUCCAAUAGUUUGUACUGCAAAACAGGUGAUGCCUUAUUACAAAAAGAGUUUUUAUUACAAGCGAAAUAAAGUUCAAAAUACUAAAAAAGAACUGGCUCGUAGAUUUAAAGUUCCACUACUCGCCAGCAAGGUAUAAUUUGCUCCAAAUAAUGUUAUAACUCUGAAGUUAGCCAUACGACGCCUAACACAAACGCAGUAGUGUUCUUGACUAUUGUAAAGUCAACAGUAGCCAAUUUCGGACAAGCUAAGUUACUGGGUAAAAUCUGUACGUAAAAUGUGCAAGGAGUAAUGCAUAACUUCAGAGUUGCAAAAUUAUUUGGUGUGAACUAUAAGACAAGUAUUUCUGCUAUAGGCUAGUUUCCUAAAAAAUAAUAAUUAGUCCGUCUUGUAGAUUGUCCAAAAUUAAGCGAUACGUUUUUUUUCUAUUUUAAAUUGGAUCAGAACUUAUUAAUAUAUAGCUUAUUAAAGUUGAGUGUGACUUUACAUAGUGCUACAGUUUUCAGGACUCUGUGACCUAAAAGGCCCCCACUCCUAAUUUUUGAAGCGUUGUAUCUUUGUCAUUUUAUGUUUAUUAAAAAAAAAGAAAAAAUACGUAUCCGAUAUUUUUUGAUUAUAUAAAAAGCGGACUAAAUAUUAUUUCAUUAUUUCGACCCUGGAAACUACCCUAUUAUAGAAUUUUCAGCUUGACUCUAAUACCUAUUCAGAAAUUACUACCAGCUCUUCUUUUAGUAGCUCUAUAAAUACAAUAAAAGGGCUAACAGAAUUUGUUGAUUGGAUUAUAUUUUAAUUUAUUUAAUAUAUAUGGUCUGAUUUAUUAUCUUUCUAAUAUAUCAUAUUAUACCAUUUUAUUUGUCAACAAAUGUGAACUCCCUGGAUGGAUUUGCAUUAGAAAAACUCAUUCUAUAUUAAAUAUUAUAUAAUUUUUUUUCUAUGAAUAGCUCAUUCGUAUUGUUUUUA